AUGUCAGGAGAAAAGAAAUCUUCCUUUAUAUCGCAGCUGAAUGUGUUUAAUAAAGAUAAUUAUACAUUUGGCAGUACAACAAAGACAACUCCUAUAGAUAAUGAACAAAAUGAUUCUUCUUCCGAUGUUGAAACAGGCCAACAAUUUAUGACAGAAUUAGAUCAAGGUGAAAAACAAUUAGGUUUAUUCUCUUGUAUUGGUUUAAUUUGUAAUAGAAUGUUAGGUACAGGUGUUUUUGCUGUUUCUUCAACUAUUUAUACCCUUUGUGGAUCUGUCGGUUUAUCAUUAAUUAUGUGGGCACUUGGUGGUGUCAUUGCAUUAUCUGGUCUUUAUGUUUAUAUGGAAUUUGGUACAGCUAUACCUAAAAAUGGUGGUGAAAAAAAUUAUUUAGAAUUUAUCUUUAAAAAACCAAGAUUUUUAGUUACUUCAAUGUAUGCAUCAUACGUGUUUUUCUUAGGUUGGGCAGCUGGUAAUUCUGUUAAUACCGCUGUUAUGUUUUUAACUGCUGCAGAUGUAGAAGUUACUAAAUGGAAUCAAAGAGGUAUUGCAGUGGCAGUUAUCUUUUUCGCAUUUUUAAUUAAUUCUGUUAGUGUUAAGACUGGUAUUUAUAUUCAAAACGCUUUGGGUAUCUUUAAAAUUGGUAUUGUGAUCUUUAUUUCGAUUACAGGUUGGGUUGCCCUUGGAGGUGGUUUAAAAGAUGGUUAUCAAUCACAUAAUUUCCAUAAUGCAUUUGAAGGUACUGAAACUGCUACAGCUUAUGGUAUUGUUAAUGCUUUAUAUAAUGUUAUUUGGUCAUUCGUUGGUUAUUCUAACGUCAAUUAUGCUUUAGGUGAAGUGAAAAAUCCAGUGAGAACUUUAAAAAUUGCAGGUCCAACAUCUUUGAUAUUCUUAGCCAUCAUUUAUAUUUUUGUUAAUAUUGCAUACUUCGCUGUGGUUCCAAAGGAAAAAUUAAUCUCUUCAAAACUUGUCCUUGCUGCAGAUUUCUUUGAUAUUGUCUUUGGUGGUCAUGCUAAGAGAGCUGCCGCUGCACUUGUCGGUUUAAGUGCUUUGGGUAAUGUAUUAUCUGUUAUCUUCUCUCAAGGUAGAAUUAUUCAACAGUUAGCUCGUGAAGGUGUCUUACCAUUCUCUAAUUUCUUCGCUUCUUCUAAACCAUUCAAUUCUCCAAUGGUAGGUCUUUUCCAACAUUUUAUUAUUUGUUUGAUUACUAUUAUUGCUCCACCACCAGGUGAUGCUUAUAAUUUUGUCUUAAACUUAAUCUCUUAUCCAAUGAAUAUUAUCAAUUUCGUCAUUAGUGCAGGUCUUCUAUGGACUUACUGGCAAAAGAGACAAGGUAAGAUUGAAUGGAAUCCACCAAUUAGAGCAGGUUACGUUGUUACUACAUUUUUCACUUUAGUAAAUCUGUACCUUAUUGUUUGUCCUUACAUUCCACCAUCUAAUGGUGAAUCCGUCUAUGAAACUUUACCAUAUUAUAUUCAUUGUGUUGUCUCUUGGGGUAUUUUCGCUAUUGGUGCUCUUUACUAUUUGUUUUGGGCUCAAAUUAUGCCAAAAUUACGCCAUUAUCGUUUGGAGACUAAAGAUGUGUUGGGUGAUGAUGGUUUCUGGAAAGUUAAAAUCAUUAAAGUCUACGAUGAAAAACAUGAAUCUACAAAUGAUGAAGAUGAUGACUCAAAUAGUUUAGAAUUUUCGAAUUCUAAUAAUUAUUCCAUGACUAAUAUUGAACAACAUCUUGAAUACAUUGAAAGUGGUAAGAAAAGUGCAGAUUCUGACACAGAAAUGCAUGUUAGAGCCGUAGAUCAUCAAUCAUGA